AUAGGUGACAAUCAUGUUUCAGCCUUGUAAGAUUACUAUCAACACGAUAAAUUCUUCCUCCUCUGAGUGUUUAUGGGAGCUGCAUAGACGGUUCAAAACUACUAGUUAAUCAGGAGUAAUGAUACAACAUUGCAUAUGCAACAGAAGUCAACAAAACAACAAUUAAAUCACACCUUGAGAGAGAGAGAUAGAUGGAUUGAGAGGCACCCUUUAACGCUUGCUUUUACUACUGAGCAACAGAAGGAUCAUUGAGGCCAAACCCCAUCUCAAUCAACCCUUUAUUUCUCUCUUAGUGCCUUGAAUUUUCUAUAGCCUUUCUGUGCAAAAUUUGCAUCCCUUAAUUCUUGUAGAAUUGAUGUCUGGUUUGUACAAUCAGAUUUCCUCACCUUCAACAGCAAGGGUCAAUUCACCAAACAUAAACAUGAGAAGCAAUUUUGAGGCUGAAAGUCAGUACUUAACGGAGCUGCUAGCAGAACACCAGAAGCUUGGGCCUUUCAUGCAAGUCCUACCCUUGUGUACCAGGCUCUUAAAUCAAGAGAUUUUAAGGGUUUCUGGAAAGAAUGGAAUGAUGCAGAACCAAGGGUUUAGUGACUAUGACAGAGUGCAGUUCGGAAGCCCCAAACCCAAUCUUAUGCCUUCUUUAGACAUACAACCAAAUUUUACAGGCUGGAACAGCUUGUCACAUGAAAGGUUAAGUCCAAUCUUACAUAAGGGGUUAGCUGGAGUACAAGGACUAAACGUGGAUUGGCAAACAUCGCCAGGUGUCCCAAGCUCUCACAUUGUGAAGAGGAUAUUGCGCUUGGAUAUUGCUAAUGAUAGCUAUCCAAAUGUAAGAAGAUAUGUAGAACAUUUUAAUGCCUUUUGCUGUAGCCUUAUGCAGUUCAAUUUGGUUGGAAGGCUUCUUGGCCCUAGGGGUAAUUCACUGAAGCGAGUGGAGGCUACCACAGGUUGCCGUGUAUUUAUCAGAGGGAAAGGUUCAAUAAAAGAACUAGAUAAGGAAGAGUUGUUAAGGGGAAGGCCAGGCUACGAACACUUAAAUGAACCACUGCACGUUUUGAUUGAGGCUGAGUUACCUGUCAAUGUUGUUGAUAUAAGGCUGAGGCAAGCACAGGAAAUCAUAGAAGAACUACUCAAACCCAUGGAUGAGUCACAGGAUCUCUACAAAAGGCAACAACUAAGAGAACUUGCUAUGCUGAAUUCCAAUUUUAGAGAAGAGAGCCCUCAACUCAGUGCUAGUCCCUCUACAUUCAACUCCAACGAAAUGAAACGGGCCAAAACUGACCUAUAGUAUGUGUCUACAUUGAGAAUCAUAGCAUAUUUGAUGUCAGUUCCUGCAUGUUAAUUCUGCAAAGCAGCAACAGGAAAACUUCACUAAAAGAUGGGAAGAAAAACGGGAGGGGGUACACAUAUUCAUUGCCACAAUCAAUUCAAUUGUAUCAAUAGACUUGUAAAAUUAGGAGAAUUUCGUUAUUAUUAUAUUUUGACCGAUUGAUUAGUAUAUAUAUCUGUAAUGUCUAUAAAUAUAACCCUGCUGGGACUAAACUGAUUAUUGUUAUUAUUUAAGUUUAUGAUUGAAUGGAAAGAACAGUUAGUUUGAUGUGA